AUGCCGCAAGCCGAUGCAGGUGGUGACGGUGACUACCCGUUACGGGAGAAUAUUGGUGGAACAGCCUCGGCCAUCCUCAAGGAAAAACCACCUCGGGCUUCGGACCAGCGUUCUUUUGAUCAGAUUGCCGCAAAAAACUUCUCGGUCUUGGAUCGGAAAACUCCUGUUGAAGACUAUGGUGUAUCACGGAACACUUGCAAACCCAGGAUCACAUUGGUACCGGUGCAAAUACCUCAGCCUCUGCCAUUUGAUUUGAAAGGGGCAUCCAGCCAGUGA